UUAUCCCCCUCUCUCUCCCUCCAAUUUUAACCAGCCAUGAAAACCAUCCUCAUUCUCUCAUGGCCAUUCUCCUCUCCCUAUCUCCACACCCACCAAACCUUCCCCAUAAACCCAUCACUCUCCCCACUCCCAAACCCACCAUUCCCACCACAAACACCUCUUCUAAGAGACUCUUUCUCCUCAAAACAGCUUCACUUUGCAUCAUAUCCUUAACCCAAUCAUACCCAAUUGCCCAUUCUUCAGCUGAACCUUCACAGCCUCCGAAGCCGGCUCUUUCAGGUAUUGCAAACACCAAGUCUUGGUUCCAGUUCUAUGGUAGUGGUUUUGCCAUUCGGGUCCCUCCACAAUUUGAGGACAUCACGGAGCCUGAGGAUUACAAUGCUGGAUUGUCUCUAUACGGAGAUAAAGCAAAGCCAAAGACAUUUGCAGCAAGAUUUUCAUCUCCAGAUGGAUCUGAAGUUUUGAGUGUUGUCAUUCGCCCAUCCAAUCAACUGAAGAUCACCUUCUUAGAGGCCAAGGAUGUUACUGAUUUAGGUUCUUUGAAGGAGGCAGCAAAAAUUUUUGUUCCAGGUGGUUCAACUUUGUACUCUGCAAGAACUAUAAAAAUAAAGGAAGAGGAAGGUUUCAGGACUUAUUACUUCUAUGAAUUUGGUAGAGAUGAACAGCAUGUAGCAUUAAUGGCUGCUGUUAACAGUGGAAAGGCAAUUAUUGCUGGAGCAACUGCCCCACGUUCUAAAUGGGAGGAUGAUGGUGUGAUGCUUCGUUCUGCUGCUAUAUCACUAACAGUUCUGUAGUCAAACUGCCAAAAAUUCAAAUUGCAGUGUUCUCAUUGUUCAUCCUAUGCAACUACAAUUCAGAUGGGACACAAAAUUUUUCUUGGAUUUGAUGUGCCAUUCAUUGAAUCAAUUUCUCCUGCCUCUUUCAUUGUUCAGAUGAUUCUGGGACUGCUGAGCUAGUUAAUGGUUAAUUGUCUAGCAUUUUUUCUUCCUAGGACAACUUUUAUGCAACUUAAGCAUAUAGCAUAUAGAGUUUAUUGAAAAUGCUGAUUUGAGGGAACUUUUACCAUUUUUGAGAUUGUAUAAGGUAAUUUCUCUUCAAAGUUUAUCUGAAAUUUUGAUUGUAUAAUUCCUUCAA